GCAGUCCGUCAGUUAGUGCAUUAACGCGGAGCGGAUUCAAAAGAAAGAAAAUUCAAUUAAUUCUUCAAAUUUCUCUCCCCUUUUAAUAUCCAAGUCUCAAAAGUUUAAGUUUCAGCAACUACAAGUAGUGUUAUCGUGGGAGUAGCUUCCCUGUUACCUUGCAUCUUUUUUGGCUAAAAAAAACUGAAACCCCUCGUGUCCUUUCCCUGUAUCUCGCUUCUUUCUCAUUCUUCCUGUCUCUUUUCUUCAUAUUUAGUAUAUUAUAUCCUGUUCCUUUUUUUUUCUUCUUACAUUGAUAGAUAAAUAGAUAUAGCUCAUUUUGACUGCUUUUGUCUGCAUCGGAUCUGGGGUUUUCUCGCUUUCUCUUCAAGAUUGGCAUUCUGGAUUUCUGAAGAAGGAGAUAAAGGUUGAGACUUUAUCAGUGAAAAGGCAACACUGGCGUGAAAAGCAAGUAGUUUGCCAUUGUUGGAGACUUCGCAUGUCUUCAUUUGCCAGUUGUAACCGGAAAGUUUUGUUUAUUUGAUGAAGUUGGGUAUCUUUAUUGCCAUUGCUCGCCGUGCUUUAUAAUUUAUUGUGUAAAUAGGUCAAUUUUCUAUAAUAGGUCAAUAUCUUUUUAGUGGUCUUGGCCUUGUGAAUCUAUUUAGGGCUUUAAUUGUUUGGAGUCUGAGGUGAAAACAAAGAGAUCGGACUGGCUUUGUUUAUUGGACAUGGACCAUAUAGCUCCAAGAGAUAGAGAUUUCGAGGUUGAUCUUGAAAGUGGGGUGAGAAAUAUCGUAGAAGAUUUAAAUGAAGAUGCAAGUUUGGGAGUAAAAACACCAACAAAGUCGCUGCUCGUCAAGGUUUGUGGGGCAUUUUCUGAUGGGAAAGCCAAUGGUGAAGAGAGGGUAAAUUUGUGUGGAAAUGUGUCAAAUCCUGGUGUUGGUUCUGCAGACCAUGCGAAGUUGGAGGGAGAAAUGUCUGUUGAUCAAGUAGAAAAGAAAAUAGUAGAGGAGAAGCGUAAAAAGACGAGCAAUAAAAAGCCUCCCAGGCCUCCACGAGGUCCGUCAUUGGAUGCUGCUGACCAGAAGCUGAUCAAGGAGAGUUCUGAACUAGCCAUGUUGAAGCGUGCAAGGAUUGAGCGAAUGAAGGCCUUGAAGAAAGUGAAAGCCACAAAGGCAUCAUCAAAUAGCAAUCUAUUUGCCAUGGUGUUCACCAUUCUAUUCUGCCUAGUGAUUCUCUUUCAAGGAAUGUCAUCCAGAGCUACAUCUACAAACUCACUGGGUUCUCCUAUGUCGUCAGAGGCAGCAGACGAUGGUUUGAUUUCAGUUCAAUACUUUGGGAAUCCAUCUUCAAGCGAGUCUAAUGGACCUGGGUCUGGAUCUCCAAAGUAUGUCACAGUGUGAUACAGCAGGACUAAUCUUCUGUUAUAUCAUACCCUUUAUUUUGCAACUUCAUAGAAUCAGUUGCUGGUUCAGAUCCUCCUAAAAAUCCAAGAAGAGCUGUGAGAUGAGCAUGGCAAAGGAGACAGUCACCAUAGUCAAGUUUGUAUUGGUGAAAGAAAUUUAUCCAGUCUUGCAGUUCUCAUGCAAGCCAUAUGACUUGCACUUUUUGUAUCAAUAGCCCUCCAAAAUCGAAGAUUGUCUGGUAAGUUAUCCCCGGCUUGUAUAGUGCUUGAAAUGGGGUGAGUUAGAUUACUGAAGUUUAUUGUGGAUAAUCGGGACAAAGAAGUUUAGUUCUGCCUUUGAUAGGCUGAGCCAGUUCUGAUAAGCUGCCUCCUUACUGUAUAAGACUCCAGAAUGAAACUACGGGAGAUUUGUUUGCCACCUGAUUUGCUAGAUU